AUGAAAUGGAGAAAAAUGGCGGAUCAUGUGCAGGGCCUUGCCCAGCUGGAGAUCCUGUGUAAGCAGUUGUAUGAGACGACCGAUACUGCAGUUCGACACCAGGCAGAAAAAGCAUUGGUCGAGUUUACCAACAGUCCUGACUGUCUUAGCAAAUGCCAGCUUCUUCUCGAACGAGGCAGUUCGUCAUACUCACAGUUGUUAGCUGCAACCUGCUUGUCUAAGUUGGUGUCAAGGACCAGUAAUCCUCUGCCACUGGAGCAAAGGGUCGACAUCCGAAAUUAUGUGCUGAAUUACCUGGCAACACGGCCAAAGUUGGCAGCUUUCGUCACCCAAGCCUUGAUUCAGCUUUAUGCUAGAAUCACUAAACUGGGUUGGUUUGACUGUCAGAAAGACGACUAUGUUUUUCGAAAUGUCAUUGCUGAUGUGACACGCUUUCUUCAAGACAGCGUCGAGCACUGCAUCAUUGGGGUUACAAUUCUAUCGCAGUUAACCAAUGAGAUCAAUCAGGCUGACACUACACAUCCUUUGACAAAGCAUAGAAAAAUUGCGUCUUCGUUCAGGGAUUCAUCUCUCUUUGACAUUUUUACCCUUUCGUGUAACCUUCUGAAACAGGCUUCCGCAAAAAAUUUGAACUUAAAUGAUGAAUCUCAGCAUGGCUUGCUGAUGCAAUUGCUAAAACUCGGCUAUAAUUGCCUCAACUACGACUUCAUAGGAACCUCCACAGACGAGUCUUCGGACGACCUGUGCACGGUGCAGAUCCCCACAUCCUGGAGAUCAGCUUUUCUUGAUUCUUCCACGCUGCAGUUAUUUUUCAAUCUAUAUCAUUCCAUACCUCCAUCCCUGUCUCCUUUGGUACUGUCGUGUCUAGUCCAGAUUGCAUCUGUUCGGAGGUCGUUAUUUAACAAUGCAGAACGAGCAAAGUUUCUAUCACAUUUGGUGGAUGGUGUCAAGAGGAUUUUGGCGAACCCACAGUGUUUACCCGAUCCCAAUAACUAUCAUGAAUUCUGUCGCCUCCUGGCGAGGCUCAAAAGCAACUACCAGUUGGGAGAGCUCGUCAAAGUUGAAAACUACCCAGAAGUCAUCCGCCUAAUUGCCAACUUUACGGUCACCAGCCUCCAGCACUGGGAGUUUGCCCCCAACAGUGUCCACUACCUGCUGAGUCUGUGGCAGCGUUUGGCAGCAUCUGUUCCUUAUGUUAAAGCCACUGAGCCUCAUCUGCUGGAGACGUACACUCCAGAGGUCACCAAGGCCUACAUCACCUCACGGCUGGAGUCCGUCCAUGUCAUACUUCGAGAUGGUUUAGAAGACCCUUUAGAUGAUGCAGGACUUGUCCAGCAGCAGUUGGACCAGCUAUCAACUAUUGGGAGGUGUGAAUAUGAAAAGACGUGUGCUCUGUUGGUGCAGCUGUUUGACCAGGCGGCUCAGUCAUACCAGGAGCUGCUACAGUCCACAAACUCGAGUGCUGUCGACAUCACCGUUCAGGAGGGUCGCUUGACCUGGUUGGUGUAUAUUAUUGGAGCCGUAAUCGGUGGACGGGUUUCGUUUGCUAGUACAGAUGAGCAGGAUGCCAUGGAUGGAGAGCUUGUCUGUCGGGUGCUGCAACUGAUGAAUCUCACAGAUUCUCGUCUCGCCCAGGCCGGCAACGAGCGGCUGGAGCUCGCCAUGCUCAGCUUCUUUGAGCAGUUUCGAAAGAUUUACAUUGGGGAUCAGGUGCAAAAGUCAUCCAAGCUUUAUCGACGACUAUCAGAGGUUUUGGGCUUGAAUGAUGAGACCAUGGUACUCAGUGUCUUUAUUGGAAAAAUCAUUACAAAUUUGAAGUACUGGGGCCAAUGUGAACCAAUUACCUCAAAAACUCUCCAGCUUCUGAAUGACCUGUCGUUAGGGUAUAGCAGUGUACGGAAGCUGGUUAAGCUCAGUGCAGUGCAGUUCAUGCUGAAUAAUCAUACAAGUGAGCACUUCUCGUUUUUGGGAGUCAACAACCAGUCAAAUCUCAGUGACAUGCGAUGUAGGACCACCUUCUAUACAGCACUUGGGCGCCUCCUCAUGGUGGAUCUAGGUGAAGAUGAAGACCAGUUUGAACAAUUCAUGCUACCGCUAACAGCAGCAUUUGAAACUGUUGCUCAAAUGUUGAGUACAAACACAUUCAAUGAACAGGAAGCGAAGCGGACAUUGGUGGGUUUGGUCCGAGACCUGAGGGGGAUUGCUUUUGCCUUUAAUGCUAAAACCAGCUUCAUGAUGCUUUUUGAUUGGAUAUAUCCAGCCUACAUGCCUAUUUUACAGCGAGCCAUAGAGCUUUGGUAUCAUGACCCUGCAUGCACCACCCCAGUUCUCAAGCUCAUGGCCGAGCUUGUUCACAAUCGAUCUCAAAGGCUGCAGUUUGAUGUGUCAUCACCAAAUGGUAUCCUGCUAUUCAGAGAAACAAGCAAAAUGAUCACUACCUACGGAAACCGUAUCCUGACACUAGGAGAAGUCCCUAAAGACCAAGUGUAUAGUGUGAAGUUAAAAGGGGUCAGUGUAUGUUUUGCCAUGCUCAAAGCUGUGCUGAGUGGUAACUACGUCAACUUUGGGGUCUUCCGGUUGUAUGGGGACGAUGCUCUGGACAACGCCCUCCAAACCUUCAUUAAGCUGCUGCUGUCCAUCCCUCACAGUGACUUGCUAGAUUAUCCUAAACUUAGUCAGUCUUUCUACUCCUUACUGGAGGUGCUUACACAAGACCACAUGAAUUUUAUUGCCAGUUUAGAGCCACAUGUGGUUAUGUACAUCUUGUCUUCAAUCUCAGAAGGGCUCACUGCACUUGAUACAAUGGUGUGCACAGGCUGCUGCUCCAGUCUGGACCACAUUGUGACGUACUUGUUCAAGCAGCUGUCUCGGUCGACAAAGAAGAGGCCGACUCCGAUGGCAACUGAUGACCGAUUUCUCCACAUCAUGCAGCAACAUCCAGAGAUGAUUCAGCAGAUGCUGUCGACGGUGUUAAACAUUAUUAUAUUUGAAGACUGUCGAAAUCAGUGGUCGAUGUCUCGUCCACUAUUGGGUCUCAUUCUGCUCAAUGAGAAGUAUUUUGCUGACUUGCGGAACAGCAUUGUUAAUAGUCAACCUCCAGAGAAGCAGCAAGCCAUGCACUUGUGUUUUGAGAACUUAAUGGAGGGGAUAGAGCGCAAUCUUUUAACAAAGAAUCGAGACAGAUUUACUCAGAAUCUGUCCGUAUUCAGGCGGGAGGUGAAUGAUAGUAUGAAGAACUCAACAUAUGGGGUCAACAGCAAUGACAUGAUGAGCUGA